AAAUGGCAGCAAGCCAACCGCUUGAUCUCCCUUCUUUAUUUCACAGGUUUAAAUGACCUAUUAUCUUCGCUGGCACAGUCUACAGAUAUUCGAGUUCUCCUAAGCUGUGUAUCUUCAAAUCUUCAGGCUUUUGUCAUUCAGCCAAGCAGGAAUAAACAGGAGUUUAGAAAACUGGCUGCUGAUUUCCAGUUGAGAUGGAACUUCCUACUAUGCGCAGUAAGCAAGGCGAUGACACUCAACUAUGCAGACAGUUUUGGAUCCUGGCAUUUGUUUAAUUUGCUACUCUUGGAUUACGUUGCUCACGUCUUCCAGUCCUAUAUAGAGGAGGGAGAGGAGGGAGAAGAAAGUUUUUGUGUCACACAGCAAAGCGACCAGCCUGUUCUGUGGGUUUAUGAGCCCAGCUACUUUGGGGGCUACUUUGCAGAGGAGGAACCUCCAGCUGAAGCUUCUCAGUCAACUCUCAUAAGUUUGAUGCUGAACCAGAGUGACAUCAGAUUAAGCAACGUAUAUUCAGAGUUCUGAGCUAUCUUGGGGAGAAAGCCACAGAAAUCAAGGUAAGAUAAAAUAUUAGCUCUGAAGA